AUGAAACUUGCGCAAUACAGGAAACCAUUCGCAUCGUAUGUGGAAAGAUAAGACGUCAUAAUUUUGUGCACAUGGUACCAGCCACAACGUGAAAAGAAAAUAACGGUGUUCACUUCCGAGGGACACCAAACUCGCAAAAGAAAAGUAAUAAGUGAUAGCGGCAACUUUAUAAGCUUCCAGCACUUUGCAAGAGAUCCACACCACGUUAAUUGAUAUGACUCGCAAGAAACCCUUCGCUUUUAGACGGUUGCGUAAGCCCGGAUUCCGCGUUAUGUAACACGAGAAACUUCGAAAGCUGCCCGUGCUGGUUCCCUGCAUCUCUCCCCAUCCAGUGCGGGUACGUAUACUUUUGCUUUCGUUGGAGUAAUGCUUGAAAGAAGAAAAAAAGUACGAAUUGUGGGCAGCCAGCGGCAGCCCUCGUGUAUGGGCACACUCUCACCCCUAAACUCUGUUUAAGCCGUGCAACAAGAACAAAACAUGAAAAAAGAAAACAAUGUCGUGGAGGUGGUGUGGGGGGAAAACACAAAUCGGCCGCCUCGUGACGCGAUUGGUGAAAGGGGGGAGCGGCAGCGCCCUCUCGCCCCAACCUCCAUUGGUGGGCGGGCUGAAGCAGACGAACAGCGCGCGCGCGCGUCUGCUACGGCGGCUCGCAGACGACGACGCGGUUUUCGGGUGCGCCAUCGACGUGCGGUCCGGGCACCGUUCCGCAAUUACUUUCGGCUAUGGAUGUGUCUGGUGAAUUCGGGGUCCGCGUCGCAAACCCGGCAGCAGCGGAAACUUGACGCAAACGCCCGCGAGAGGACGACGGUGUGAGGUGUGUGACCCCGGGACGGACACAACGGCAUGGGCGUGAGACCGGGCCCUCUGCUUGCGGUCUGGUUUGGGCUCGUCUGCUUCUCGUACCGGCCCGCGCACUGCAGUUGGUGGCUGCUGGGCAUGCCGAGCACGUACCAGAAUAUGCUGACGCUGAAGGCGUCGGCUCACUCGGAGAACUGCCACAAGCUCCGCUACCAGGUGAAGGAGAACCGGGACCUGUGCGUGCUCAGCCACCGGGCGCUGCAAACGGUGAGCCGCGGCGCCAAGCUGGGCAUCGACGAGUGCCAGUUCCAGUUCAGGGACAGCCGGUGGAACUGCACCACCUUCCACAACAUACCAUCCGUCUUCGGAGGAGUGCUCAACGUCAUGAGCCGCGAAAAGGCGUACGUGUACGGCGUGUCGGCUGCCGGCGUGGCGUACAGCAUCACGCGGGCCUGCAGCAAGGGCGAGCUGAACGAGUGCGGCUGCGACAGCGCCAUCCGGCAGCGCAAGCCGCGCGGCUCCUGGGAGUGGGGCGGCUGCUCGGACGACAUCGGCUUCGGCGCCCAGUUCAGCCGCAAGUUCGUGGACGCCGGCGAGGACCCGGCCACGGCGUCGGGACUCAUGAACCUGCACAACAACGAGGCCGGCCGGCGCACGCUGCGCCGCAGCAUGGAGACCGUGUGCAAGUGCCACGGCGUGUCCGGCUCGUGCUCGGUGCGCGUGUGCUGGCGCCGGCUGAAGCCGUUCCGCGCCGUGGGCGACGCGCUGUCGGUCAAGUUCGACGGCGCCACGCACGUGCACAUGACGCGCGCCGGAACCAGGGCGGGCGGCCGCAAGCGCCGGCCCCGGCUCCGGCCCGUGCUCAGGGACGUCAAGAAGCCCGGCAAGAAGGACCUCGUCUACCUCGAGGAGUCGCCCGACUACUGCACGCGCAACGAGACGCUAGCCGUGCUGGGCACCACCGGCCGCUCGUGCAACAACACCAGCUACGGAAUGGACGGCUGCCGGCUGCUGUGCUGCGGCCGCGGCUACCAGACGGUGGUGCGCGAGGUGGACGAGAAGUGCCACUGCAAGUUCGUCUGGUGCUGCAAGGUGCAGUGCCAGACGUGCAGGGUCACCAAAGAGGAACACUUCUGCAAGUGAAAACUGCGCGCGUCUCUUCCUCCUCAGCCUCUGCGGGGCGGCUCUAGUCCCUGGCACGCACCCGCCGCCACCGCCGCCAACCGCGCCGUAGACGAGCGAGGCAACAAAAGCCAGCCACACGGACGCGCGGGAACAGAAGAAGGGGGAGAGCGCCUUGUCGCAUGCGUCGCACUCGAUAAAGCCAGCGUACUACGCGGAAGCGCAUCCGCGAAAGAAGCGAACGGUUCCAAGUCGACUGCUGGAGCGACCAAUCUAGACUAUCUUCACGCGUUGGAAUGUGGCCUGGCCUGACGCUGAAGAUAUCAAGUGAUCCGCAGACGGGCGGGCAGCAGGAGUGAACGUAUGAUGGUUAGGCUAGGUUGUUAACGCUGUGUAGUUUGUCAGGCACUGGCACAGCAUGCGCGAUGUACUAUACAGGCGUACACACUUCCUGUCUGAAGCGUCCGAUCAGUUUGUUUUGAAGCAGGGAAAGCGACGAUUUAGUUUAAUUACUAGGCUUAGGCGGACACUGCGCGCUGUGGUAGUCGCAACAGCACGGAAGCUAUAUAGUUUUUAUCCCUGUAUCCCAAACUUAGCGUCGCUUGACCGCUCCAGACAUUAGUGUGGACGUAUGUACACGCAAAUUGUUCAUUCGUAGGUAACAGAAAGCAAGGGAACCAGCACGAAGUACGGCAAAGCGGCAAAAUUACGGCUUACGAGGCUACCAUGGCUUUGCCUCCUGGAUGUCCUCCGGUAUUACAGGGAACAGUCUUCGUCAAAAAGUAAAGAGCACCGCGCUUAAGAUCAGGGCUGUCAUUGGGCGAUGUUGUCGGUUCCCUGUGGUCAUCCUCCUGCGCUAUAGGGUGGGGUGAAUAGCUUUUUUUUUUUCUCCCUCCGAUAGAAUUACAUUGCACUGCAACAGAAGCCAAACCACACGGCCUAGUGGCGUAUAGCUGCAGUCACGCUUACCGUAGCGCCUGUACAGCGUUAACGGAGGCGUUAUCCAGAGGACAUCAUUCUUCCCUCUGUGGCUGGGAGCAGAGGAGGCUCGCUUCAAAUGCUGAGUGGUGUAGCUGUAAACGUUGUCUUUAGAACCGAGUCAACUCUGUAUGAAAGAGCGCAACUUAAAGGAGCACCGAAAGACAGCGUUUAGAUCAAUCUGAAGUCAUAUAUGGUUGCUAAUAAUGCCCAAGGUGUAUCUUUUACCGAGAACAGAGCAUUCGUAUAAUCGAGGGAGCUGCGUAAACGUCGGGCAAGAUCGGCACCACCGCUGUCAAAAUGCCGGACCACAUCGCGAUGGCAUUGUGCGUCCUUUCAAUGAUUGUGUUAGAACAUAUAAGAAAAUGCAGUUUGAACAAUUUUAUUUAUCUUCCCCACAGAAGAAAGUCUGCGUUGCGCCGACAUUCGAACGACGUACCUUUAUCGGCCUUCACUGACGAUCCACUGUGCUAAGUUGCGGGUUUCUUAUCGACUACGUCGUCAUUUAGCUGACAGAAAAUGCAGCGACACUCUCGGAAUGAUAGUCUAUCAGUGUUUAAGGGCAGACCAGAACGGUAUGUUACCUUUUCGUAACGCUAUGUUCACCCUUUCGUCGGGUAAAGAAAUCCAGCUUAUAGGCCGAUAAAGCGAAGGCUGAAACUUCCUUCAUUGAUGCAAGUUGGGCUUGUUGGUGACUUGUAACGGCAGCAAACGUAGCGCUCUGAAAACGAGGACAAAGAAGGAACUACAAACAGUUGAUCUAGUCCAGUGUGUCCAGCUCCUCGUUUGUACCUCACCGCAACGCAAUCUCUUCUUUGAAUUUCGCCAACAAACCAUAUCGCCUAUACGGCUUCAGCCUGAAGUCACAAAUAUCGCGGUACUUUCGCGUAUUUGAGUAAUUUUGGCGCAGAAACAGCCUCAAACAUUGCAAGGUUGUGUUUCCUUUCAUCUUUUGUGCAAUGUAUCCCUUAAGGAAUUCAGUCAGCUCUGUAAAUAAACAAACUCUAUAUCCUCGGCCAGACGUAGCCACAAGAUAUGACGUCACAGGAGCUGGCGCGAGAAUUACAAGGUGGCAUUACCACCUGUAUUUUGUUUUGUAUAGUUUUCGGAAAUGCGAAGUCUCUGUUCUCUGUAAAAGUUGUCUAUUCGGUACUCAAGAGGAACAAUUUAGCAAUUUACCUUUAUCCCCCUUUUAAUGUUCCACCUAAUACUCGUAAAAUUCCUUCCAAGCUCUCGCUCGCGGCUUCAGGCGCUCACACCGUCUAAGCGAAAAUCUGUUACGUCAGGCUGUUGCUCACUGUCUUUGGUAGGUUAGUUUGCUUUCUGCAGGAUACACCGCGACAACUCUGGCAAGGCGCGCGCGCGGGAAAGGUGUUGUUGCAAACGCUUAUGCACAAGUAAUCGUGUCCAGGCUAUCUUUUUAAAGUGUUUUCUUUGCAGAAGCCCAGCGAGAAAUCAUGCUUUAUGUACAUAAUUUCCUGCGAGAUCCGGACUAUGGCUUGUAGAAUUGACGGUGGCGCCAAUCGUGCCAUUCCCAAUGAGGAAGCUGAAGUGAACAGAUGUAGAAGAUGGAAAGACGCCACCCAGCUCCUGGCCAAUCGACCCUAGCGGUACGCGAGUCGUCACCUGCGAGAAAAGCAGCUUCGCCCAGUGUGCUGCCAAGAAGGAACCCUCCACACAAAUACACACCGAAGCGGUGAAGUCGCCGUGGGCGCCUUGGACACCGCCAUAGCCAUUUCUUCACUCCCUCUUUCAUCUCGCGUGUGUGACAGUGCAUCGUGCAUGGACGCGCGCAUAAAUAAUGCAUUAGUCAAGACGCGGCCUGUUGCGCGGUUGUUUUGUUGCACGAACCCGUCUCCCAGCAACUUUCACCUGGAGAUCGUUCGGCCAUUGACAGCUGCCAUGGCAAACAGUAUACUCGGUGUUGCAGGACAGGAACAAUGAGUUUAUUUUUUUUUCUUUUUUUUUUAUUCCAUUUUGCCUGGUGCAAGAAAAAUCUGUUCGGAGCAUUUUUAGCACUAGUGCGUCGCUUGCGUUAUGUAUACUGCCCUUGUUCAGUAAGCAUUUACUGACCUCGAUCUGUGAAUGUUCCCAAAGAACGUGUCGAAAAAGAAGUCAUGGGCUGUAUUAUGUGUGAGUUCUUUUCCUUCGAUUAUGUUCUUCUCUUAACAUCCGUAACAGCAAGUGGCCAAUACUAGUGAUAGCGAAGGCUUGGAGCCAUAAUAGCCAAUGAUGAAAUUAAAAAAUAAUGGAUAAUUAAUAGAAUUCUUACAUAAUGCGGCCCAGGACUCAUUCUACUGCGUUCUGCUACUGCAUUCUACCACUCAAGUGUAAAUGGUGUGCUACAAGGAAAAAUGAUAAAAGCAAAAAGUUGCGUACAAAUCGUCACAUGACGGCAACGAGAAUCGAUAAACCCACGUAUGACGAUUCAUAAGUGUAUCGGCUGUUUCAGCGAACACUUUCAAACUUUAAAAAAAAUUGUCUGAGGGAGAUAGCACAACUCUAGUCCAUGAGCUGGUCUACUCGAAGAGGCGGACAUUUCUUGCACAAAAAAUUGAAAUGCAUAAUCGAUGAAUUAACAAAAAUUCGCUAAUUAAGUUUUAACUAAUUACCUUAUGGUACAUAUUGCAAUUUAGAAAUUCUAGCCGUGGUGUUCGCAAGGCGGAUCCACUUGGAACAGAUUCUCAGGAUGGCACCAAUUUUGAUACAUUAAUUCCCGAACUUUGCGGAGAAAUGCAUUAGCGUUCCAAUUACUUUUGUGAUUCAAUGCAUAAAGUGAUGUUUUGUUAAGAAAGUAAGCGAAACGACAUUGCAUCUUUACCGCCAGUUUGGCAGCACAUAUCUCGUCAAUGGCGUCAUCCACACAAUUCUUUUCAAGUGGAUCCGCCUUGCGAACUCCCCGGCUAGAAUUUCUAAAUUGCAAUAUGUGUCAUAAGGUAAGUAGUUAAAAACUUAAUUAGUGAUUUUUUGUUAAUUAGUCGAUUCUGCAUUUCAAUUUUUUUUUGUUGCAAGUAAUGUAUGCCUCCUUGAGUAGAUCAGCUCAUGAGCUAGAAUUGUGCUAUCUAUCACAGGUUGUCACAAAAUUUGAAAGUGUUCGCUGAAACACCCUGUAUGUGUUCAAAACAGAGCAAUGGUUAACGUAGGUACACGUGCUAAAUAGUACAUUUCACCAGUGACGUCCUUUAGCAUAUGACUUGCAUUGAUGUCCACUGCAGCCACCGUUUGUUGUCAUCGCGCUACGACUCAAAACAAGCGUUAACCGCUAUAGAAAGAAAAGCUCCGUGCGUUUCCAGCGACCAGCAGGGCUGUCGAGACGAAACCAACUUUGGCCGACUUUCGCUGCCCAGAAUAUUUACUAAUGCUGAAAGUGUUCUCCUUGUAACUGUAGAUGCGAUAGGAGCUUUCAGUACAUCGUCAACAAAUCGUGCAUCUUUCAUUUCGUAACGAAAGAGCCAAAAAGUGUCCGGACGGCUUCUUGCCCGCCAUCUUUUUUAUCUUUAUGUACGUCCACUCCCCAUUGUUCCCAGUGACAUCGUUUUAAUUUAAGAGACUCGAGGUAACAGCAAACUCUCAUAAAUGGCGUCGACACCAUCCCUCCAACUGCACAUUUUACAUUUUUCGACCUAAUCAAACGAAUCACUCCACUUAUUUCUAGUGACUGUAGAGGGAAGACCAAUAAAAUCGCAGAUCAUAAACUAUUCA